UGCAUUGGGUUUUGGUUUUUGGUGCUUAGUUCGGUUUCGUUGGCCUAAGGUGACGCAUCGGGUGCCGGUUUCUUUGUCCAGUUCCGCUCCGUUUUUGUACUUCCUCUCUCGUCUGUGGUUUUCCGUUCUGACCAGGCCAACAUAUAAUAUUUUGGCAACACGUGUUGUCCGAUAAUUGCCGGAACGGAGAAUUGUACUCGAGUUCUCUCUCUUUUCUUUUUUUUUUUGGGGGGGGAGGAGCAAAGUACACGUCAACGGAGCAGAGAACCGAGUGGCGAAACAUUCGGGCUCUGUUUCUCAGGAACCGCCGACUGCUUCGACAUCACGAGAUAAAGCCCAAAAGCAUAGCGGUUCCGAGUUAGUGAUUCAUUGUACCGCCACCGCUCGACGAAGUCAGCUGCUACGCGAAAAGGAAUCUAAAAUUUAGAUUUUCUUCAGGUUUCUAACAAAAACAUGGGAUACGACGAGGCCAUCGUUCAUGUGGGCGAUUUUGGACGCUACCAGAAGAUAAUCUACUUCCUUAUCUGUUUGACCUCCAUUCCAGUGGCCUUCCACAAGUUUGCGGGUGUCUUUCUGCUAGCCAAACCCGACUUUAGAUGUGAGUUACCUUACGAGAACGGCAGUAGCACCUAUGAGUUGCCCACCCACCUGUGGAACCUCUCGUUUCCCCGGGGGGAAAAGUGUGCCUACUACGAUGUGGAAUACAGUGUGGAGUACCUAAAUGGCAGCAUUCCCAGGAGUAGCAAUGAAACUAAGGCCUGUUCCAGAUACGUUUACGACAAGAGCAAGUACCUCAAUAGUGCGGUGACCGAAUGGAACCUGGUUUGUGGCCGGGACUUCCUGGCAGCCACCAGCGAUUCCUUCUUCAUGCUGGGCGUCCUCCUGGGCAGCAUUGUCUUUGGCCAACUGAGUGACAAAUAUGGACGGAAGCCCAUCCUCUUCGCCUCGCUGGUCAUCCAGGUGCUGUUCGGAGUUCUGGCCGGAGUGGCUCCGGAGUACAUCACCUAUACAUUCGCCCGUUUGAUAGUGGGCGCCACUACAUCCGGAGUAUUCCUGGUGGCCUAUGUGGUGGCCAUGGAGAUGGUGGGACCCGACAAGCGCCUCUACGCCGGCAUCUUCGUGAUGAUGUUCUUCUCCGUGGGAUUCAUGCUCACAGCGGGCUUUGCCUACUUUGUCCACGAUUGGAGAUGGCUACAGAUUGCCCUGACCUUGCCGGGAAUCAUCUUUAUGUGCUACUACUGGAUCAUUCCAGAAUCCGCCCGCUGGUUGCUCUCAAAGGGGCGAAAAGAUUGCGCCAUUGCCAAUAUGCAAAAGGCAGCGAGAUUUAAUAAGGUGGAAAUAAGUGAUGAGACCUUGAGUGAUCUGCUGGAUGAGGGAGAACCUUCCGAAGAGAAGGCCAAGCAAAAGCUGGAGGAUCAGGAGGAUGGGGGACCACCGCCCUCUGUGUGGGAUCUCUUCUGCUACCCCAAUCUCCGCCGAAAGACGUUGCUCAUCUUCCUGGACUGGCUUGUGACGAGCGGCGUGUACUACGGACUUUCCUGGAACACCAAUAAUCUGGGUGCCAACGUGCUCCUCAAUUUCCUCAUCUCGGGAGCUGUGGAGAUACCAGCCUAUAUAUUCCUGCUCCUCACACUGAACCGCUGGGGUAGAAGAUCCAUUCUGUGUGGCUGCUUAGUUCUGGCGGGAGUCAGCCUUUUGGCCACCGGCAUCAUUCCGGAGAAGAUGAACACCCUGAUUGUGGCCUGCGCCAUGUUGGGUAAACUGGCCAUCACUGCCUCCUACGGAACCGUUUACAUAUUCUCCGCCGAGCAGUUCCCAACUGUGGUUAGGAAUGUGGCCUUGGGAGCCGCUUCCAUGGUGGCCCGUAUCAGUGGAAUGAUGGCACCCUACCUUAACUUUUUGGCCACCAUCUGGCGACCACUGCCACUACUCAUCUGCGGAUCCCUCUCCUUGACAGCGGGAUUACUAUCACUUCUGCUGCCGGAGACGCACAACAAGCCCAUGCUGGAGACCAUUGCGGAUGGCGAGCGGUUUGGUAAGAAGACCAAGGGCGAUGUCUACCUGGAGACGGGCCAGGAACUCCAGCAGACCCCAGAAACGCAGCCCCUGAGGGGAUCAACUGACGCAAAUGGACUUAAGACCAAUGGCCACAAGUACUAGGAAAUCUCAAGAACGGAACUAACUUAAACUUCUCCAGAGGUUACAGGGCAUCUAUAGAUUUCGGCCAGGCCAAAGGCGAGGCAUUUACCUAUUAAAGAAUAGACCAAGUAUUAUAUCAUUUCUGAAAUCUCACAAGCAACCAAAAAAGAGAAGACAGGAGAAACUAAAAGAUUGGCUAGCAUCAAAUGGAUCAUGAUCAUGUUAGAAUUUAGUCUUAUAAAAGAAGGGGUUUUUCCAGGGGAAAUCACAUGGAAACCCCGUAUUUAAUUUAUUCCUAAAUCUAUUUAACUUUAGUUUACCAAUUACAUGUAUGAAGUCCAUGGACAUGAUUUUGAAAUAAAUUGUAUUUUUCCUAGAGAUUAAA